CAGCGCAGCUGCUCUGCUCUAGUCCACGCCCCCUUCCCGCUCCGGUGACAGUCUCUGCGGAAAGUCGUGUUUGUGAUUUCUGGAGAGCAUCGAGAGGGACCACGGCGCUCCUGCCGGGUUGUCCGGGCCAGGUGUCGAAAAAACGGUUACCUGGUGAACUAGCCACUCACCCCUGGGCGGCGUCCACCCCCAGGGCCUGAAGAUGUUGAGAUCUAUGUGGAAUUUUCUGAAACGUCACAAAAAGAAAUGCAUCUUCCUGGGCACGGUCCUCGGAGGAGUGUAUAUCUUGGGGAAAUAUGGACAGAAGAAAAUCAGAGAAAUACAAGAAAGGGAGGCUGCAGAAUACAUUGCCCAGGCACGACGACAAUAUCAUUUUGAAAGUAACCAGAGGACUUGCAAUAUGACAGUUCUGUCCAUGCUUCCAACACUGAGAGAGGCCUUAAUGCAGCAACUCAAUUCUGAGAGCCUCACAGCUCUGCUAAAAAACAGGCCUUCAAACAAGCUAGAAAUAUGGGAGGAUCUGAAGAUAAUAAGUUUCACAAGAAGUAUCGUGGCUGUAUACAGUACUUGUAUGCUGGUUGUUCUUUUGCGAGUCCAGUUAAACAUAAUUGGUGGAUAUAUUUACCUGGAUAAUGCAGCAGUUGGCAAAAAUGGCACUACAGUUCUUGCUCCCCCAGAUGUCCAACAGCAAUAUUUAUCAAGUAUUCAACACCUUCUUGGAGAUGGCCUGACAGAAUUGAUCACUGUCAUUAAACAAACUGUGCAGAAGGUUUUAGGAAGUGUUUCUCUUAAACAUUCUUUGUCCCUUGUGGACUUGGAGCAAAAACUAAAAGAAAUCAGAAAUCUCGUUGAGCAGCAUAAAUCUUCUUCUUGGAUUAAUAGAGAUGGAUCCAAAUCUUUAUUAUGCCAUUAUAUGAUGCCAGAUGAAGAAACUCCAUUAGCAGUUCAGGCCUGUGGGCUUUCUCCUAGAGAUGUUACCACUAUUAAACUUCUCAAUGAAACUAGAGACAUGUUGGAAAGUCCAGAUUUUAGUACAGUUUUGAAUACCUGUUUAAACCGAGGUUUUAGCAGACUUCUAGACAAUAUGGCUGAGUUCUUUCGACCUACUGAACAAGACCUGCAACAUGGUAAUAACUCCAUGGAUAGUCUUUCCAGUGUCAGCCUGCCAUUAGCUAAGAUAAUUCCGAUAGUAAAUGGACAGAUCCAUUCAGUUUGCAGUGAAACCCCUAGUCAUUUUGUCCAGGAUCUGUUGAUGAUGGAACAAGUGAAAGACUUCGCUGCUAACGUGUACGAAGCUUUUAGUACCCCUCAACAACUGGAGAAAUGAUUUUUCCUUUAAGAAGAACUACGGUGCGAUUCAUUUACUUUUAAAAGUACACUAAACAAAUCACCUAUACCUAGAGUGACAAUUUGUUACCAAAAUGCCUAAUAAAAAUAUAUUCUUAAUCAAA